GACCUACAGUUGAUCUUUUUCACUCUCUGUGAACAGCUUUCAGUUCUCCGGGCUGAGUUCACUAAAAUGGCAUUUUUCCACCUAGUUUUUGGUUUGCUCUGCAAAGCCCUUCUUGUCCUGUUCUCUCUCCUCUUCAUUGCCUUUCUGGGUUACUGCUUGUACAUUAAGUACAUUCAUAUGAAAUAUGACCACAUACCAGGGCCACCAAGGGACAGCUUCUUUUUUGGCCAUUUACCAACACUCCUGAAGAUAAUGAAAAAAGAUGGCUUAGUGCAUGACAAAUUCCUAGAAUGGUCUGAGACUUAUGGACAUGUUUUUAGGAUAAACUUUCUGCACUCUGUCAGUAUAUGCAUCACGUGUCCAGAAGCAACAAAGGAAAUCCUAAUGUCCCCAAAGUACACCAAGUCUAAAAAUGUCUACAAAAAACUCUUUAAUCUGUUUGGUCAAAGGUUUUUUGGGAAUGGCUUGUUAACAGCUCGGGAUCAUGAGAUGUGGUACAAACAGCGCCGGAUAAUGGACCCUGCCUUUAGUAGCUUGUACUUGAGAGGUCUGAUGGGGACCUUCAACGAGAGAGCAGAGAAACUCAUGGAUAAGCUCUCAGAGUUAGCUGAUAAUAACACAGAGGCCAAGAUGCUUCAACUUAUCAACUGCGUCACGCUUGAUGUCAUUGCUAAGGUUGCUUUUGGCAUGGAGUUAGACCUCCUGAACUAUACAUCACCUUUCCCCAAAGCCAUUGAGACAGUUCUAAAAGGGAUGAUGCACUAUGUAAGAGACUUCACAUAUGAGUACUAUCCUAGGAACAAACAAUUUGUUAAUGAAGUGAGGGAAGCUUGUCGUUUUUUGCGGAAAACUGGAGCUGAAGUGAUCCACAAGAGAAAGAUGGCUAUACAAAAUGGAGAGGACGUUCCAAAGGACAUUCUCACACAGAUCAUCAAGACUGCAGCCACAGAGGAAGUCAUGACUGAAGAAGAUGAGGAGUUUAUGUUGGACAAUUUUAUAACAUUUUUUAUUGCGGGUCAAGAAACAACAGCCAAUCAACUCGCUUUUUGCGUCAUGGAACUUGGAAGACAUCCUGAAAUCCUGGAGAAAGCAAAGAAAGAAGUGGAUGAUGUUAUUGGGAUGAAACAAGAAAUAAGCAAUGAUGACCUCGGGAAACUGGUCUAUCUCUCACAGGUGCUCAAAGAGACUCUGAGGAUCUAUCCAACUGCUCCAGGAACAUCCCGUGACAUAGAGGAAGACAUGAUAAUCAAUGGUGUUCACAUACCUGGAGGGGUCAGUGGUGUGUUUAGCACCUAUACUACUGGGAGGAUGGAAAUGUUCUUCAAGGAUCCUCUAAAAUUUGAUCCAGACAGAUUUCAUCCAGAUGCUCCAAAGCCUUAUUACUGCUACUAUCCCUUUGCUCUUGGUCCACGCUCAUGUCUAGGGUUGAACUUUGCUCAGAUGGAAGCUAAGGUGGUGAUGGCAAAACUGCUUCAGAGGUUUGAAUUCAACCUCGUCCCGGAUCAGACCUUUGACAUAGAGGACACCGGCACCCUGAAGCCAAAGAGUGGAGUGAUCUGUACCAUCAGACACAGGAAAUACAAAAAAUAAGCA